GGUACGUUGUAAUACCAAGUAUGCCUUGUUUUUGUGAUAAUAGUGGGUUUUAAAAGUGAAAAGGACAAUGUUUUAAAGACUUAUAGUGAAAAUGACGCAACGAUGUGAAGUUUGUAAUAAACUUGGCGGUUUAGAUUCCAACGUCUCAUUUCAUGGGUUUCCAAGAAACGUCGAAAGACGUAAAGUGUGGUGUGCGCUACUAGGAUUUGCAGAAAAUAAAGUCCUAAGACAAAAAGCUGCAAUUUGUAGUGACCACUUUAAAACUUCAGACUUCGAUUUUCGAUGCGAUGGAGUAAAAUUUUUAAAACGGGAUGUUUUUCCGCAAAUAUUUGAUGCUGAAGUUUUUAGAUCAGAAAAAUCAAGGUCUUCAUCUUUGUCCUAUUCUCCACCACAGUCUCCUCCAAGAAAACGAACACCCAAAAAAUUACCAUCAUCAUCAGGUACUUACAUGGUCCAUGAAAUAGAUGCUCUUGAAGAAAUCGCACAGAGGGAAUGUGUGAACCUUUCUGACAGUAAUGAUGCAAUUACAGAAGAAAUAUCACAUAACAGGAUAUGUGUUCAACCUGAUCGACUGCAGUUCAUGAAAAGGGUUAAAGUGCCAGAUUGUGGGGACGGACCAUUUUAUAUGAAAACAGUGAGGAAACGCAUUAGAAACCGAACGUUGCUAGUGCAAAGACGCACAGUCAAGGAUAUGAAGCGUUCGAAUAUAGGAUGGGGAGUGAGAAUUCAAAUGUUUCCUUCACUGUUGAGAAGUUUGAACCAUAAUUCUAAAAUAAGAAAAAUACUAAAAGCAACAACGAGGAAGGAAAGUGAUUUUCGCCUAGUCUGAACUAUUUUAUUCUAUUCUAUACUGAUCGAAGUUGCAAGAAGCGAUAGUU